CUGAUACUUCCACAUCUUUAGUGAAAGUAAAUCGAACAGAAAUACACAUAGAUAUAUAAUAAAUACUCCGAAAAUAGGUUACAGUUAAUGACUAGGGAGUCAUACGAAAUAUAAAAAUAUGGAACCAAUAUUACUGAUUCAUGGUGGAGCUGGGGAUAUACCUGAUUCCAGGGUAAAUCCAACUGCUGGCAUCAAAAAUUCAGUAACAGCUGGAUUUAAGAUACUGAAAGAUGGAGGUACCGCACUGGAUGCUGUGGAAGAAGCUGUUAGGGUUAUGGAACUAAAUGAAGCAUUCAAUUGUGGUUAUGGAUCAGUUCUAAACCUAGAAGGAGAGGUAGAAAUGGAUGCCAGUAUUAUGGUGGGAUCUGACUUAGGAGCCGGAGCAGUCACAGUUGUCAAAGACGUCGCACAUCCUAUAAGUUUGGCCCGACUGGUAAUGGAAAAAACACCUCAUGUCUUGCUAGCGGGUGCAGGUGCCUACAAAUUUGCGGUAGAACAGGGAGCACCCAGGGUACCACCAGGUACUUUGGUCUCCCCUCAAGCCCAGAAGGACUUUGAAGAGUUUAAAAAGACCAAAGUCCUGAGAACCGAAAUCGGCGACCAGAACCCUGGUGGUGACGUAGGCACUGUAGGAGCCGUCGCCAUCGAUAAAUAUGGCAACCUGGCCGCUGCCACGUCAACUGGGGGCAUAAGUGGUAAAAUGGUAGGAAGAAGCAGCGACACUUCGCUGAUUGGUUGUGGAACUUACGCAGACAACAAUGUGGGUGCGGUUUCUACUACAGGUCAUGGCGAGACAAUAGCUAAAUGGUGUUUAGCCCAUGCCAUAAUAAAAAAUAUGGAAUACACAAAUAAUAGUGCUAACGAGGCUACUAAUGAAACAUUAGAAAAAAUGACGAAAAGACUGAAAAAUACUGCAGGUGCUAUUACACUCUCAAAAAAUGGCGACAUAGGAAUUGGAUUCACCAGCAGGAGGAUGUCAUGGGGCUACAUAAAAGGCAACCAACUCCACUACGGCAUCGAACAAGGACAAGAUAUGGUAGAAACCAUAAAAUAGAUACCUUUUUUUAUCAUAUAUUAAGAUUUAUUCUACUUAAAACUAAUUAUUAUCACAACUAAAUAAAAUGUAUUUAGUACAUUAUGCGUAAAAUUAAAUAUUGCAAAUAAAAAUUCCGAAUUUUUUGACUAACUAUGAUAUGUUUGAACUAGUGAAUGUAAUAUACAGGGUGUAAAGAAUAUGAGUAAAAAACUUACAUUAAAUCAAUCACCUGAAGUUUUUUGCACACUAACGUACACCCUGUAUAUAAAAAAAUUAAGGACGGAGUGAUAAGUCUAUUUUCUACUCCAAAUAAGGUGAAAUAAUUGUUAAAAGUUUAUUUUAAUACUAAGUAUUAAUCAAUUUUAGGUCCACUCUGAAUAUUGUAUACUCUGAUAAAAAAAAAUUCCAAAAUUUUUAUAUGUAACAUUUAAAUGAAAAUAAGCUAUAAAAGCAAUAUAAAAUUAAUACAUAAAUAUUAAGUAACCAUAAAUGUUAUGAUAAUGUAUGUGAAAUUAAUUUAAAACAAACAGCAUUUAAUAAUUCUUUGAAAUUAAAAUAAAGUGACUAGAAAAUCCAAAUUUAAUCUAUUGACAGAACAUUAAACUAUUUUAAUAUUCUAA